AUGUUAGAAAGGGAAAGAAGGGGUUCCUUGUAUAGACCAGAGGAACAAAGAAAAAGCAGAAUAACUAAAGCUCUUGGAAGCAUUAUCGACAUAAGGAGGUCUUCAGUAACAGGUGAAGUUAGUGAUAAGAAGGCUGUACGCUAUAUGAAUACAUAUAAGCUCGAGUCCGACAAUCCAUUUAAUCCGGAAAAAGUGGAUAAAAUCCUAGAAUCCGUGAUGAUAGAAGCUCUGGAGAAUCUCACGUACGACAUGGAGAAAUGUCCCAAGCAGGCGAAGUGGGCAUCGAUGGCGAUCAGGGCGAAAGUAAAAGCGUUAGAAUUUGAUAGGUAUAAAAUUAUCUCUAUAGUAACUAUUGGUGAAAAACAUUCUCAAGAUGUGCUGGUUACGUGCAGAUUUUUGUGGGAUGCUGAGAAAGACAGAUAUUCCACGUUCGCUAUGGAAAAUACCUAUGUAUUUGGAAUCGCCCAAUGUUUUGGGUUGUAUUAUGAAUAAAAUAAAUAGUAAUUUACAUGUGUAUAUCUAGAUAAAUAAAAUG